AUGCUCGUUCUGCAUGCGAUUGUGUUGGCAGUUUUCAUGGCCGGAAGGACGUCCAUUCUCGGUUGCGGAAUGGGCAUGGGCCUCGGCUGCGGUUUUGGUGGGAUGGGCAUGAUUGGAGGAAUUGGUGGACUUGGUGGAUAUGGUCUAGGAGGAUAUGGCUUUGGAAUGGGCCCGGGCAUGUACGGGUACGGCGGAUACGGUGGGUACGGUGGGUAUGGUGCGUACGGUGGAUAUGGUGCUUACGGCGGAUAUGGUGGAUACGGUGGAUAUGGUGGAUACGGUGAGCAUUGA